UAAAAAAUCCCGUGGCAGUCAUUUUUAACGGAAAAUGAUUGUCGUCUGCAAAUUUCAUGAAUUUUUAUCGUUUAAAAGCCAAAAUCGAUGACGUUAAUUUAUCACGAGAAGUAUAUCUGUAUUGUGCCAUUUAGGAUAUUUUGAUCGAUCGAUUUUUUGGAAACUUUGCACGCACAAAAAUUAUAUACUUGCUAAGAAUAUAACCAAAUUUCAGAUCGGUUAGUUAAAUUUUUUUGGAUAGUCGUACUUCUAUAAAUGUGAAUAUACGUAUAGUCGGUGCAUGUCUUUUUUUUGACAGUUCGCAGACAAUGCGAUCCUUUGCAAGUUAUAUGCGGUUUUACGUAUAAUCAAGGAAACUUGUACUAAAAUAGUAAAAAUAAAUUGAAUUUCCGCGUAAAAAAUGCACGUGCAAUAUUUCAUAAGAAAAAGUUGUAUGCAGUGCCACGUGUUAUUUGCUGAAGAAUGCAUUGUUUGAGAACUGUCAAAAAAAUAAAAACAUUCAACUCGUGAACAGACUGUACGUGCUAUCAUUACAGAUUUUUACUUGUAUCUAUAAGGAUGAUUCAGAAAUGAGUUUAUUCAUUUUUUAAUAUUUUUUUUCUUAGAAUUUCUCACUCUUUUUCCUGGAUAUUCGUAGCGCUUAACGAAUUCGCUUCGACAGCAGUUCCCGUAGUUGCGUCAUAGUUAACUGAGUAAACGAGAUCUCGAAAAAAAAUGUUAAUAUAAAAGUUAAACAGUUCAGAACAAGUGUUACUUCUGCUACAGUCGUCUUCGGAGUUGAAGUUCUCGAGAGCAGCUCUUGGAUAAAAGAUGAGUUUGUGAAUUUAUAGGAAAUCAGUGACGUUCACAUAGUGUGUGUGUACAUUAUAUUACGUAGCUGAGGAUAUAUUUUUGUAGUGUAGAAAAAAAAUAUCCAGUGUCAUACAAAAUGUUAUUAUUUCUUUAUGCCUUAUCUUUUAUCAUUCUGAGUGGUGAUUUUGUCGUGACAGAAGAAACAUGUCCUGUGAAUGUCACUUUAACGACGUCAACGGGACCAAGAAAUCCUAGGAUUUUGUCUAGAAGAAAAAGAUAUCUGACAUUCCCCCAGGGCAGUGCUUUUACUGCCACCCUGCAGCUUUUACAGUCUGUACAAGCUGAAAUACUCAGCGCAUGGAAUCUUGAUUUUGAGAUGGACGUCAUUUGGCCGAUCCCGAGUUCAUCGGACCUAAAGCCUCCACUUAAGGAAAGGUCAUCGCCGUCUCGAUUAUGGCACAGACGCCACAAACGAGACUUGUACAGUAAUUUCGAGUUAGCUUUGAACAGACAGGGUUUAUCAGGUAAAGACUGUAUUCUGAGGACAAUCUGCGAGGCCAGGUCAACCCUCAAUCCACCAGGAGUAUCUUUCUUCGAGGACAUUUUAAGAGUCGUUCUAACGAAUCUACCGCACAAAAUGUAUCCAAUGGACGAGUACGACCUGGCAUACAAAAUGAAAAAAGACUGCGACAGCACCUAUGCUUGCCCUAUUUCUCUACUGGAGCUGUUAUUGAGUUAUGAAGAUGAAUAUUAAUGCACAAUAAAAAUAUCAUUUAACAAAAUCAUCCAAGAUCAUUUUGACCCAUAAGAGUCCCUGGUUUCACUCAAAUCUCAAUAAAAUGAGAUUACAAGGAUUGUCCAAAUGUACAAAAAUUAUAACCAGGCUGUAUCAAGAUAGGUGUACAGGUACCAAUGAAAAGAUACAUAACGAUAAAGAUAAAGAUCCAAAUGAUAACUUCACCCUUUAGAACAUUUUCCUAACUGUUCGCAUCCUAUCCAAGAGCACUAAAGUACCAUUUGACAGCUUGUAAAAAUUUCAUCCCCAAAAUGAGACAAGGAGGGACAAAAACUCGAGGAAUUUCAGACUGAAUUUCAAAACCUGUGGCGUUAAACUGGAUUAACAAGUCAAAGUAUAAAUCAAUCCGCUACGAUUUACGUCACUGUAUAUAUUUCUUUAGCCAGUUCGUAAUAUACUUUAUGGACUUAUAUAGGGUGCUACUUUUAUCCGUAAUUUGAGAAGCUACAUGAAAGAGUCUCUGUACUGCGUUCGGCAUUGGGAGUUCUAGUUGAAAAUUCAACACCGGAAACGAAAUCGGAAGUCAGACGCGUUCGGCGAGGCGUAGACGC